GCCUCAUCACUGGUCUCACAAGCAAUCAGCCUAGCUUUUACUUUUUCAGCCUCGUCUGCCAGGCUGCAUACCGACGCGGAUCCCUUGCAAAGUGGAUUCUUCGGGAGAUAUGAAGUCAUAAGCAUCUUCAGGUUGUCAGUUUUUGCUCGAUCGACCUGUAAGUGUGCUCGUUAGCUAACGCUUGAUCCAUUUUAUCAUAUACAAUCUGCUCCCUAGCACAAGCACCAAUCCACCAUGUACUUGAGCGCAACAAAUAUCGUGAAGAGUUUCUUCACUUCCAGCUCCAAGCAAAAAGAGCAACAGCCCGUAGAGUCCCAAGACAGCGCCGAUCAUGCCUACAUCCGCGGCGACAUCGCUGAUCGAGGGCCAUGUCCCGGACUGAACGCGCUGGCAAACCAAGGCUAUCUUCCACGCGAUGGCAAGAACAUUACACUUCCCCAAGUCCAAAAUGCCCUCAUGACCGUUCUACACAUGGAUAGAACCGCUGCCGCCGCCCUCACCCACAGCCUUCCGCCCCUGUGCCGCAAGAACGGAACCUUUGACCUGAUGGACACACGCCGCCACAACGUCAUCGAGCACGACUCGUCAUUCACCCGCCUUGACUUCCACCAAGGCGACAACUACACCUUCCAGCCAGACAUGUUCGAAGCAAUGCUCGCCGAUGCCGAUGGCGGCCCCGUAACGCGGCGGUCGCUGGCCAAGACGUUUAUCCGGCGGAGCAAAGAAAGCAGAGCAGCUGGCGCACCCAGGCUGCCUCUGAACCUUUGGUUUGUGAGGUUGUUGCAGGCGGUGGGCGUGAUGAACACGGCGCAGACGGGCGGAACGCUAUCGAAGGAGUUGCUAGAGGCCGUCUUUGUGGAAGAGAGAUUUCCGGAUGUGAUUCUGGAUAACCCAAAACCGCGGACUGUAUUUACGCUGCUGGGAAAUGCGCUGGGCAUGCUGUGGUAUGUUGUUAUUGGGCCUUAGGCUAGUAUAUGAGAAAUAUGAAGAAUCUUUCUCUGCUUCAUACGCGUGGAUCAUCCCGGAGCAGGAUCCAGGGCUCUCGCCGAGCAAUACUUAAGCCGAGCCCGUAUUAGUCACAUGACCGUGGGAAAGUAUUUCAAAUGGACCGUAGGCGUGAAGUGCCUGACUGAAUAGCGGGGUGGCCAAGUUGUAUGUACAAAUGGCUACGAAGCUAGAGAUAUGGGUCAACUCGCGACUGACCUUCCUUUGAACUAAC